ACGAAGCUCUUUUCGAGGCUCGGGUGUAUUACAUUUACCAGACGCGCGGCAGAACUGUUCGCUCGAUCGUUGCCACGAAAUGAAGCAUGAGCCUCUCGCCAUUGCGAUGAUAUCUGAUUUCUUCCACCCGAACGUGGGAGGAGUAGAAAACCACAUAUUCAUGCUCAGUGCAAAUCUUAUCCGUCGUGGUCACAAGGUCAUCGUAAUCACACACAGUCAUCCUCCAGACCGAGUGGGCGUUCGCUGGCUUCUGCCAGGCUUGAAGGUAUACUACAUACCAUUUCCUGCCAUCGCCUCCUCCGCCACUCUUCCGAAUUAUUUUACGUUUUUGCCAUAUUUCCGCGUCAUCAUUGCACGCGAGCAUAUUCACCUUAUUCAUGCGCACGCGAGUCUAUCGUCUCUGGGCCAGGAGGCUAUUCUACAUGCGCACCAUCUUGGCGUCCGCACGGUGUUCACCGAUCACAGUCUUUUCGGGUUUGAAGAUGCAGCGAGCAUAUUAACCAACAAACUCCUUGCGGCGGCUCUUAAAAAUGUCGACGCUGUAAUCUGUGUCUCGCAUACUGGGAGGGAAAAUACAGUCCUGCGUGGACAGUUGUUUGAGAUUUCUGAAGAUUCCUCUGCACUUGUCGUCCGACCAAAUGUUUAUGUGAUUCCAAAUGCUUUGGUUGCGGAGCAGUUUACUCCAGCUACCAAGCCUGUGUCGUCAGAAACUAUCUAUAUCGUGGUUUUGUCUCGUCUGGCGUAUCGUAAAGGCAUCGACUUACUGGUAGCCACUGCCCCCCGAAUAUGUUCCGCCUUUCCUAACGUCAAUUUCAUCGUAGGGGGAGACGGACCCAAGCUGAAUGACCUGUUACAAGUAAGAGAACGACAUCUCCUCCAAGACCGCAUAGAGCUCCUCGGUCCAGUUCGACAUCGCGACGUGCGAGACGUUCUCGUGCGAGGAUCUAUAUUUCUGAACACCUCACUGACGGAAUCGUUUGGGAUCGCUAUUUUGGAAGCUGCGUGCGCAGGUCUUUAUGUGGUCUCGACACGAGUAGGCGGAGUCCCGGAGAUUCUCCCUCAUGACAUGAUCUCGUUUGCGAAGCCAGAGGAGGAUGAUUUGAUCCGUGCCCUGUCAGAGGCGGUUGCGAUUGUUUCGAAAGGCCAGCAUGACCCCAUAGAAGCUCAUCAGAAGGUAAAAAACUUUUACAACUGGGGAGAAGUCGCGGAACGGACCGAGAUUGUGUACGAUGCUGUCGUCAAGUCUGAACAGAAGGAUCUCUGGACUCGGAUGCAAAGGUAACUUUGCACACAGUGCUGAUAGACCCUGGCUCAAAUGUCAUAGAACUAUGGAACUGGGGCCAUUUGCAGGACCGAUCUACACAAUCAUCCUUGUGGUGGAUUGCCUAUUCUUCCUAUUUCUGGAAUGGUUGAUGCCGCGACAUGAUCUGGACUUUGUUCAAAUGCAUUGGGAACACCACA